AUGAGAACAAACCAGCUCAUCAAAUACACUUUGUUUGUCUCCUGUUACCUCUUCUGGGUGGCCAGUGGGCUCAUGGUUGCAGUUGGCAUUUAUGCCAAACUCUCUAAAGAAGCAAGUGCUGUGGAUUCGCUCCUCGCUGAUCCCUCGCUGAUCCUGCUUACGGUGGGGAUCCUGAUGUUUGGCAUCACCUUUGUGGGGUGUACAGGAGCCUUGCGUGACCUGCCUGUGCUGCUGAAAAUUUUUGCCUGGAUUUUACUGAUCAUUCUCAUUCUCCAGAUCGUGGCUGCUGUCCUGGGAUUUCUCUUCUCCGGCAUGGUGUUGGAGAAAGCAGCAUUUCUGAUGGGAAAAGCUAUCUCCGGUUAUAGGGAUGACCUAGAUUUACAGAACCUUAUUGAUUAUAUACAGAAAAAGUUUGAGUGCUGUGGGGUGCAUUCCUACAAGGACUGGUCCCAGAAUAUUUACUUUGAGUGCCAAGACUCCAACCCAAGCCUGGAACGCUGUGCUGUGCCUUUCUCCUGCUGCAUCCAAAAAGAUCAAGAGACAGCCAUUACUAGUGUUCUCAACACCAUGUGUGGCUAUGGGACCCAGAACCUGAGAUCAUGGAAAGCAGAAAGUCUGAUAUACAUUGAGGGCUGCUUGGAAAAGAUUGUUGGCUGGGGGCAGAGAAACCUGCUGCUUGUUGCAGGGCUAGCAAUAGGACUGUUUUUCUUGGAGAUUCUCGUGUUUUCCAUGGCCGUGAUGCUCAUUUACCAGAUUGACUUUAUCAUACAGAAACGGAAAAGCACAAGGAGGAGAGGCCCCGAGAAAUAA